AUGGUGCCGAUAUUGUUUGCCUUGCUUGUGGCCACGGUGGAGGUUGUUCAGAGUCAAUGUUGGCGCGACUAUCCCUGCAGUGGUCCUGUCGAUGCUGCAUUCCCAGGUCCGUGGGACCAGAACAAUUACGCUCCAGAUUCUCGGAUCGUGUCGCCAACGUCGUCCCUUAUAUGGCCGAACCUGACCUCAGUGCCGUAUCCGGAGGUGCAAACAAUCAGCGGCAAUGGGUCAUUGGUGACCUACGACUUUGGUAAGGAAGUCGGUGGCAUUGUCCGCUUCUCAUAUACGAGCAGCGACGCCGGGACGCUUGGGAUUGCCUUUACUGAGUCCAAGAAGUUUAUCGGCUACGUGUCAGACUCGUCCAACGGUCUGUUUACUGGGUCCGAUCUUUGGCUCAAUCUCACUUUGACGGGGCAACCCGGCGAGUAUGUCAUGCCAGACGAAGUCUUGCGAGGUGGCUUUCGCUAUAUGACGCUAUGGCUGUCGACCAACUCAAGCACCACGUCUUUCUCAGCUCAGAAUAUCACCGUCGAGCUAGACUUCCAGCCUACGUGGUCCAACUUGCGCGCAUAUCAAGGAUACUUCCACUGCAGCGACGAACUCCUCAACCGCAUCUGGUAUGCGGGCGCAUACACCUUGCAGAGCAAUGCCGUUCCUACCAACACUGGCCGACAAGUGCCCAUGCUUGUGUGGAAUUGGGCGAAUAAUGCCACGCUGGGUCCCGGCUACUCAAUUAUCGUGGAUGGUGCGAAACGUGACCGGGCGGUCUGGCCAGGUGACAUGGGAAUUGCCGUGCCUUCAGCGUUUGUGUCCACGGGGGACCUUGAGUCGGUCCGGAACGCCCUGCAGGUGAUGUACGACUAUCAGAACACGACGACCGGCGCGUUCGACGAGUCAGGCCCGCCCCUCAGCCAGAAGAACAGCGACACAUACCAUAUGUGGACCAUGAUCGGGUCGUACAACUACGUUCUGUACACGAACGACACGGCGUGGCUUGUGCCCUUAUGGAACAAAUACAAGCACGCAAUGGAGUACGUGGUCGGCAAAAUCGACCAGUCAGGCCUUAUGAACGUCACCGGCACGAGAGACUGGGCCCGCUGGCAACAAGGCUUCCACAACACCGAGGCAAACAUGAUCCUCUUCCAGACGCUCACGACGGGCAGCAAGCUCGCCACUUGGCUCGGCGACUCGGCGACCGCAAAGGAUUGGAGCGCAACGGCGACUGCAUUGGCGGACGCGAUCAACGAGCACACGUACGACGCCACCGCCAACGCCUACCGCGACAACGACACCACCACGGCUCUGCACCCCCAAGACGCCAACAGCCUGGCGCUGCUGUUCUCGGUGGCCGCGCCGGCUCACGUGGCCGGCAUCGCGAGCGCGCUGGUGAACAACUGGACGCCCAUUGGCCCCGUGACGCCCGAGCUCCCGUACAAUAUAUCGCCGUUCAUUUCGUCGUUUGAGCUGCUCGGCCGCCUGGCCGUGCGCGACACAGCGCGUGCGCUCCAGCUCCUCCGCACCCUAUGGGGCUGGAUCGUCAACAACGCCGACUCGACCGAGUCGACGCUCCUCGAGGGAUUUCUCGCCAACGGCAGCUUCGCGUACCGCUCCGACAGAGGCUACGCGUACGACGAAAGCUACGUGAGCCACGCCCACGGGUGGACUUCCGGCCCGACGAGCGCGUUGACGCACUCGGUCUUGGGACUUGACGUGCGGAGCCCGGCUGGGCGUGUAUGGACGCUCGCGCCGCAGACGGGGGAUCUGGCAUUUGCGGAGGGAGGGUUCACGACCGUGCUGGGCCAGUUCAGUGCAAAGUGGCGUGUAUCUGAAGGGGGUGUGCUCUUGACGUGGGAUACGCCCGUCGAUACGUCCGGCAGGAUCGUGCUGCCUGUGUGUAAUAUGCCAGUAUCUGCUAGCGCGGACGGCGUACAGGUCAUUGUGCGGCUGAAUGGAGAGGACAGGACCGUGCGUGUGAAGCCCAGUGCCGUGACUGCUUUUGACGAAUAUCUCGGUCAGAUUGAUGUGCCUGGCGGGGAGGGGAGGGUUUGGUAUCCCCUCGAGUAA